GAGCCACAGGUGAUCGACACACAGGGAAGUGAAGACAAACUGACUGAAGUGUCCGAUAAGACCAUAAAGAGGAAAUCUUUUGGGGGUUUUUGUAUUUUUGCAGUGAUAAACAGGCAGAUGUGGACGGGAUGACCACACUGACGAAGCGUAACCGGCGCGCGGAGGCUCCGGUGGAGAGCUGCUGUCGCGCGGAGCUGAAGGAGGACCGGAGAGAUGUGAAGUCUGAUGAAGAAGAGGAGGACACAGACUCCAAAUCUCUGAGACUCACACUGAUGGAGGAGAUUCUGCUGCUGGGACUCAAAGACAAAGAGGGCUACACGUCGUUCUGGAACGACAGCAUCUCGUCAGGGUUGCGCGGCUGCAUUCUGAUGGAGCUGGCGCUGCGGGGUCGCAUUCACCUCGAACCUCAGAGCUCACGGAAGAGAAAACUACUGGACAGGAAGGUGUUGUUUAAGUCGGCUGCUCCUACAGGUGACGUGCUGCUGGAUGAAGCUUUGAAACACAUCAAGAACACUGAGCCGGCAGAGAGCGUGUCCAGCUGGAUCGAGCUGCUCACAGGUGAGACGUGGAACCCCCUGAAGCUGAACUUCCAAAUUCGCAACGUUCGCGAGCGUUUAGCGAAGAAUCUGGUGGAGAAAGGCGUCCUGACGACAGAGAAGCAGAACUUCCUGUUGUUUGACAUGACGACGCACCCGCUAACGGACAGCAACGAGAAGGAGCGUCUGGUGCAGCGUCUGCAGGACAGUCUUCUCGAUCGCUGGACCAACGAUUCCCGCCGCAUGAGUCGCCGAAUGCUGGCACUGAUCGUGCUGGCUCACGCCUCUGACGUGCUGGAAAAUGCGCUUUCGUCGCUUCACGACGACAGGUACGAACUUGCCUCCUCGCGGUCCCGCGGCCUGCUAGAAGCCGACCCCGACCAGGAGAGCGCAAAGGUAGCGACCCCGGCGGAGGAGAUGAUCUGGGCCGUUCUGGCGGCGUUUAACAAAGCCUGAGAGAACAAGAACUGAUCCGUUGUCAUGAACUCGCUGGCGACCUCUUCAGGCAGGAUGGGAAAAUGGUGGAGGGUAAAAUCUGUCGGCUAGGGUGUCAUGUGACUGAUGGAAACACACUUCACUGUUAUGAUGUUUAUUUGCUCAUUAACUCUCAUUAAGUUCUGCCCGUUGUAAGUUAGUAUGUCUGCUGUAUAGGGGAGCGUCCCAUAUGCAAAGAUGAAGUGAUCCCAUAUUUAAGCCUCGUUCAAGAGGGACCACCUCACCUGGGUAAACGGAGUUUAACUUUAAUACGUCUUGGACAUUGAAGGUGGGUAAGGGAGCGUCCACACACUGGGCUAUGAUGUGCUAAACUCUGGAGGGGGCGUGUUAAGGGCAUGUCCCGUGUUUUACAACUUCAAUAGUUGCGCCCCUGAACAUGCCGUGUGAACCCCGUUGUUUCAAAUGCUAGUGAGCCGCGUAAUGGGCAUGAAAUGGUUUUGGGUAGUUGACUUGUCCUGUCUUUAUAAACUAUUCUUUUAUAGUUAUGUGGCAUCUUUAGUGAACUCAUGUUAAAUAAGAGAGAGGAAUUAAAUGACAUUAUUUUAA